AACCUCCAAAAACUUAACUAUGGCGGACACCACAACAACAACAGCCUCCGAUGAUCAGCAAAACAAACCCACAAACCCAAUUAUGUCAUUUAUCUGUGGUGUUCUUCAGUUCUUCAAACCACCACCACCAAAUAAUAACAAGAUAGAAGAAACCACUUCAGACCCCAAACCAACUGUUUCAGUUAUAAAAGAGGAAAAACCUGAUGUAGUGAAGUUUCCAAAACAAGAUUUGGAAACUUCUUUGAAGCUUGAAUCUGAAGGAACUGAAACCAAUACUAACCCUGUCGUUUUGUGGCAGGUUUAUGCUAUCGGAGGGUUCUUUGUUUUAAGGUGGGCAUGGUCUAGAUGGAACGAGCGUCGCGGAAACAAGAAGCCUUCUGAUGAAGAACCUCCUCCCGGUCAAGAGUAGAGAAAAAAAGAAUGAUAUGUGUGGAGGCAGGUUUAUGACUUUAUGUGAGUUUUGUAAAGUGUUGAAGUCACAGUUCUGGUUUUACAAUACUCUAAAUGUAAAAACCCAAAUCAAGCUACAUCAGUUGGCUGGUCAACAUUUUGUACAACCUGUGUUUCAGCCAUUCUUGAUAAUUCUUCAAUUGUUAAAGCAAGUGGAUGUGUGCAUGAGUUAUUUUAA